AUGACUGAUGAGAAACAAGAUUUUCCAAAAAACAGCAACCAUAUGACAUCAAAUUCUCACCAUGGUUCAUUAUUUCACAAAAUUUCUGAAUCCAUAAAAAAUAUCGCUGACACAAGACCACAUGGUAAAUAUACGGUUGAAGAUAUUGAUAACAUUAUAGCUUCAACAACCUCUGAUGCAGAAACUGCUAAACCGGGUGGUACAAUCGCCAGUAUAGAUCAUGACGAGGAGGGCGAUAUUCCAAUGUUUGACUUGGAUGACGAAACCGAUGUUGAAAUGAUUUCUAAGUACAUAUCAAAUCAAAGGGGGCUGAAAGCACACUUGAUGGCGCAUUCUAUGCAACAAAUUGAUGACAGUAUACCGCUGUUAAAUUCAACUACCUUGAAAACUGUUUUCGUCGUGGACACAAACUUCAUCAUUUCGCACUUAAACACUUUAGAGAAUUUGAGGUCAUUAUCUAGCACUUAUCAUCACUUAAUCGUUGUGCCAAGCACCGUUAUUCAAGAGUUGGACGGACUAAAGAAAAAUUCUGAUGUCGUUAAAGAAGGUAUCAACAAUAAUAAGGAACAAAGUAGGACAAUUGGUGCAUUAGCCAGAUGGGGAAAUGAUUGGAUUUAUAAGAAUUUAGCCACUUUAGAUUCUGGUUUGAUAGGUCAAAAACUAAGGCAAAAAUUAAAUCCGGACUGUAUAAAAGACGAUUCAAUAUUGGACUGUUGUCUGUAUUAUAAAGAGAUGCUAAAUUGUUUUGUCAUUUUGCUUUCGAAUGACAAAAACCUAUGUACGAAGGCGCUGACUGAAGAUAUACUAACUAUUUCCUUCAGAAUAGGCAUGGAUGCAAAUUUGAUUGCUUCAAAGGCAUAUGAAGAAAACCAAUUGAGGUUUGGUAAUCCAUCUAACUCCAUAGUGAAUAUUAACAAACACGAUAGUGCGUUGUGCUCUGAUACACUUACCAUAGAAAAUACUACAUCGCCAUCAGACAAACUUCUACAAAGUAUUUUUGACCAAGUAAAGGACACAGUUUUUUUUGCCAUUGAUCAUGCCCUAAGAGAGGAAUAUGGCGAAGAUAUUGAAUUUAUAGAUUAUGAUCCGAAUAAACUAAUCACGUUAACAAACGCUUCGCAUUACAUUUAUGUAUUUUGGGUCUCUGUAUUUUCAGAAUUAUUCAACAAUUCAAAAAUCAAGAAGAAUGACUGGAAAAACCUACCCACUAUUUUGAUAUCUAAACCAAAGGAUUUGAAUGGCCUGCAAACAUUCGAGCAAUUUUGGGAAAAUGUAUUGCAUUUUUUAUUUUCUAAGUUUUCAAAUGAGCAAAAACAGUUAUUAGAGGAACAGAUCAAUCGAUGGAAAACGUCUAUGAAUCCUGCAUAUACAUGA